AUGAUUAGCUCACUGAUUCUUCUCGGCGCGUUGACGACUGCGCUGGCCGCACCGUCAUCGAGCAUCGCUCCGCGCGGCACUUGCACCUUCACCGACGCCGCGAGCGCCAUCAAGCAUAAGGCCAGCUGCUCCACCAUCACUCUCAAGAACAUUGCCGUCCCGGCGGGCACCACGCUGGACCUGACAGGCCUCAAAGACGGGACCCAUGUUGUCUUCUCUGGAAAGACAACGUUUGGAUACAAGGAGUGGGCCGGGCCCCUGAUCGACGUCUCAGGCAAGGGAAUCGUCGUCGAGGGCGCGGCUGGCCACUCCAUCGACUGCCAGGGACAGCGAUGGUGGGAUACCAAGGGCAGCAACGGCGGCAAGAAGAAGCCCAAGUUCUUCAGCGCCCAUAAGCUCACCAAUUCGCGCAUCAAGGGCCUCAACGUUCUCAACACCCCCGUUCAGGCGUUCAGCAUCAACGGGGCCAAGAACCUCGAGGUCAUCGACGUGCAUAUGGAUAACUCCCUCGGCGACACCAAGGGUGGCCACAACACGGAUGCGUUUGAUGUCGGCUCUUCCGACGGGGUGUACAUUUCUGGCGCCGUCGUGCAGAACCAGGACGACUGCCUUGCCGUCAACUCGGGCACGAACAUUACCUUUACUGGCGGCAACUGCUCAGGCGGCCACGGCCUGUCUAUCGGCUCGGUCGGCGGCCGAUCCAACAACGUGGUCAAAGGGGUACGCAUCACCAAUUCCAAGAUCUCCAACUCCGACAACGGCGUUCGCAUCAAGACUGUCUCCGGCGCGACCGGUUCCGUCUCCGACAUCGUAUACGAUAACAUCGCCCUGUCAAACAUUGCCAAGUACGGCAUUGUCAUUCAGCAGGACUACCAGAACGGAUCCCCUACUGGCACGCCUACCGCCGGCGUGCCCAUCACCGGCCUGACUGUCAACCGCGUCACGGGCACGGUCAAGUCUAGCGGCACCAACGUCUACAUUCUCUGUGCCGCCUGCAAGAACUGGACCUGGACCAACAACAAGGUCACGGGCGGCACGAAGACCAAGCAGAACAAGGGAGUCCCUGCUGGUGUGUCUGUGUAG